UCCGCUGACAUUCUUGUCCUCCUUUUUUUGUCCUGUUUUUUUCUUCCUUUUUUUAUUUUUCUUCUUUUUUUCUUCCUCUUUGAUUAUUGUUUCAAUGGAUUUGAUCCUUUUUCUGAUGACAAGUUUUUUGUUUUUGUUUUUUUGUUUUGUUUUUUUCUUCUUCUUAGCAUGCGAUGGUUACUAAACUGUGAGCAAAAGGUGCUGCUGGGGCUGGGAGUCACUGGGAAUUGAGCAAUGCAAUAAAAUUAAGACUUACCAGUCCAGCAACAACAUAUAUAAAUUUACUAUCUCUAGAUCUAGAUAUGCAACUGGUUUUGUUAUGGCACGAGAAAAGAAAGCAAUGUGAAAUAUGCGUUUUUUUUUUAAAGAUGAGGAAAAAAAGGCAUGUUUCUAACUCUUUUGCAGAGGAUUUUUCCAGAUGUUGUUUUGAUGUUUUUUUUAAUUUUUAAUUUUUGGUAUAUAGAUGUGAAUUGCAAAUGCAUUUUACAGCAGUGUUUACAAAGAGUUUGUGAUCUUGCAAUACUGGUGCAGGCCACUGAGCAAGAUGUUAAUUUUAUUAUUUUUGGUUGUUGUUUCCUUUUUUGACACUCGGUGCAAUCAGCAGUUUUUUCUUCUUUUUCUUUGAUGCCCGUUUAUAACGUGAAACUUUUCUUGCAGCUUGUUAGAGUUGAUCAUUUUUAAAUACUUUUUUCUCCUUAAAAAAAAAGCCAAAAAAAAAAAAAAAAGCCAAAGCAAUGAUCGUUACUUUUGCACAUUUGACUUUUUUAUUCUUUUACCGAGAUAAUUUUAUUAUGAUGAUUAUCAGGAUGAUGAUGAUAGAUAUGCACAUAUAUACAAAUAAAUACAUUUUAAAAUGAUGGCAGUGGAAGGUUUUCCUGGAGAAUGAAGUGCGGUUUGGUUUCCUUGUCAACGGAAGAUGAAGUGAACAACUGAACAUCUCCCCAGUGCAGGGUUAAAGCAAAGUGAGCCAAUCAUGACCGGCAAAACACAGACCAGCAAUGUUACCAAUAAGAAUGACCCCAAGUCAAUCAACUCCAGAGUCUUCAUUGGCAAUCUGAACACAGCCAUUGUCAAAAAAGGUGACAUAGAGGCAAUCUUUGCAAAGUACGGAAAAAUAGUUGGCUGCUCAGUGCACAAAGGUUAUGCAUUUGUACAGUAUAUGAGUGAGAGGCAUGCGAGGGCUGCGGUGGCAGGAGAGAAUGCUAGGAUCAUUGCAGGACAACCACUCGAUAUCAACAUGGCAGGAGAACCAAAACCAUACAGACCAAAACCUGGAAACAAGCGGCCACUUUCAGCCCUUUACAGACUUGAUUCAAAGGAACCUUUCCUGUCUGUUGGAGGUUAUGUCUUUGACUAUGAUUACUACAGAGAUGAUUUCUACAAUCGAUUGUUUGAUUACCAUGGUCGUGUCCCACCACCACCUCGUGCAGUGAUACCAUUGAAGCGCCCUCGUGUGGCCAUGACAGCAACUCGUAGAGGGAAAGGGGUUUUUUCCAUGAAAGGGGGAUCGCGAUCAACGUCUAGUGGGGCGUCUUCUUCAGGAUCCAAAUUGAAAUCAGAUGAGUUGCAAACAAUCAAGAAGGAAUUAACCCAAAUCAAAACAAAAAUUGACUCCUUGCUAGGGAGACUGGAGAAGAUUGAAAAACAGCAGAAGGCUGAAGCAGGGUAUGCUUUCCUUACAGAAGCUCAAAAGAAGCAAAUGGAAGAUAAUGCUGAUUUGAUCCAAGAGGAAUGCAUAUCAGAGAAUGCAGAUAACUCUACAGAAGAGCCUAUUGAAGUAGGGCCAGAUGCAGAUGGGGAUGGAGAAGAGAUGACUGAUGGAAUAGAGGAGGAUUUUGAUGAGGAUUGCAGCAAUGAGCUGUUUCUACAGAUCAAGUGAUGAGGUGUCAUGUGUGAGCCCCUUGGAGGCUGAGAAGAGAAACUGUGACUUCCCCUUUCCACUCCCCCACAGAAAUGUGAACUGCGGUUUCUUACUGGCUAGCAACACCUUUGAUUCAAUUUGUAUGAAAACUCACUUUACUUAUUAAAAUGGACAUUAUUGUUCAAACCUUAGAAAUUUCAUUUCUUAUAUGUUCUAAGCUGUACAACUGUCAGAUUUUUAUGGUUUAGAUUGUAAAUGUGUUUUUCUCUGGCUAAUUAUUGGCAUUAUUUGUUUUUAAUUUUGAUGUCUUAAAGGCCAAGGUACUGUAUGAUAAUAAUAUGAAGGACAUAUUUAGCAGGCGUGAGAGACACUGUAUACAAAUGUAUAUUUGUAAAAGCUAUUUUUAUGAUUAGCAUGUUUUACUGUUUAUCAUAUUUAAAGUCAGUUGAUAUUGCAUUUCUAUGUUUAUAGCUUAACUCAGACACAGUCAUGUUAUGAUCAAAGACUUAUUAUCAAUCAUGUUGUAUGGUAUUUUUCAUUACUUUUCAUUAUAUUCAUAGUUUAAGAUAAUUAUGUUUACUAGUAGGGAUAAUAUUGAAAGGCAAAGUAAUAGUUCUGUUCUGUUCAUGCACUAUUUCACCGUAAUUGCUAAAAAGUGCAAAUAUGUCAAAUAUCAGAUCAAUUGAUAAACUGUAAAUUAGACCCACUUGUUAAUCCCUUUUUUCAAACAAACACUCUCUGUGAUGCCAUAGAUUAGCACAGUUAUUUCAUCUGUAUCUGUUACUAUCUCAAAGCAGUUUGUUGUUACCUUAUGGAAAAGUUUACAUGCCAGUGAAUGUCCUAUCCAAACUGUAUUCCAGACAGGUGAAUGUUUUAUAUAUUGCCAAUAUUUGAAACCUUACAUUAGAUUAUCAAUUGUUUUGUUUCACUUUCGGUCAAUAGGAUCGUUCCAUUCCUCAAUCUCUCAAGCAUUCUCCACAUGCUUGAAGUUGGAAUAAUCCAUUCUCAUAGAGGCUGUAGGGGAAUUCAGUAUUUAAUUUCUUAAUAAAUCAUGUUUCUUUUCAAACAAAA